UUUGGGUUUCGGUCGACCGCGCCGCCGAUAGAUCGACAACACAGGUUGAUGAAUCUUAGAGCACCGAUUCGCUAGUUAGUAUGAGUACGACAGUGAACCCACUUGGACGGUCAGUGGAAACGUUCGGACUUAACGCCCCUAACGCCGUGUGGUCCAUCGUGAGAAGUGCGAAUUCUUAAGCUAGAUUGUGUUUUUUUGGUGUGGAUUGCAUUACGGGAAAAACCUAACUGUGCGGAAAGAAAAUCAGCUGCGGAAGAGAGUGACGACCACUACGACUACAGUUUGACGGAACAUCUAUGUUUUAAAUUUGCAGGUGGUCGCUAAUGCAUGCCCCAGAGCAAAAACUUCUUCGCAAGUGCAAACGAAUUGACAGUCACCCCCGGAGUGAUUGAAUUAUAUUCCCUCCCCCAGUGUGGAGAACAAGUGCAGAAACGCGUGAAGAGAAUUUCUAAUGUGACGGAGUUUGUCGUAGGAAGACAUCGAGGAGCUCGUGCUAACCCAAGUGAAUGAGUGUGCCCAUCCAAUUGUCGUGUCGUGAAUCACGUCGUUUAUUGAUCUGUUGUGUGGCUAAAUUGGCUAGCCGCCUUGUGCGGUUCGCCAAAGUGAGUACGAUUUUUGUACAGCUCCUACUAGAGAGCUCGGGCAGUGUGUAAGAAAAUUGUCACACAAUUGGCACUCGGUGUGUGUCAUCCCGUUUCAAAGUCAAAGUGAAGGAAAUUUUCUCGAAAGACGACGACGAGUGUGUAAACAGGGCAGAAAUUAGCAUAAAGUGCAUAGUGUUGCCGCAACGAAAAAUCACAGCGCCGCAGUGAAUUGUACGACACCUACAGUAAAGUACAGAAGUUCAAGACCAUCUUACUACAAUUUUCUUUAUCGCUGUAUUGCUAUGUUUUGAGCGUAUUGCAAUUCCGCCUGCCAGAAGCGAGCCGGUAGCUCUCGAUGUUAUUGUUGAGUUGAGCAUUGUGUAAGAAGAGUUUUGUGAACCGUGUGUUAAUGAUUUUAUUGCCGACGACGACGCGUGGGCUAAGAAAGCACUGCGCUGUUUAUGGUGGCGGCGGCGAUGACUGCAAACGAGGGAUCGAUAUCAAUUAGAAGGCUUGCGGAAUCAAGAUGCUACUCUCAUCUCAUAAACGGAACCAACAGCCGUUAACAAGACAUUGCAAAAGGCGCCUAUCUACAUAGAGGCGACAAGGAGGACAACGACAACCACGGCGUCUAACAACGACGACAACGGCGACCGGUGUAACACUAGAGCAUCGACUUUUUCCGUCCCGGAAGCGGCGACAAGUAGUCGUGGUCCCAGUUGUGCACCCACGGUUUCCGGAUUACAUCAUGUUCUCGAACGGAGCAGGACGGUGCAGAUCGCUUCAGAGGCCUCCCACUACAGUCGGAACGGUGACUGUGCAAAUCACGAAUUAAUCCUCUGCCGGAAAUAGUAGGAGUAGUCCAUCGCUGUGUGGGUGCAUUUGUGUGGGGAAGGGCAGUAAUUUUGUGAUAGUGAUUUUUUUCAACCUCGUCUUCGACUGAAUCGGUGGGUGGUGCGUGGUCAGUCAACAACGUGCUAUCAAAAACUCAACCUUAGUUAGUUUGACAAAGUUGCUCUCAUUUAGCAUUAGAACCGUGGGAAGAGAAAAAUAAGUGCUUCGUAAUACCACGGAAAGCGCAGCUCAAAAGCGAAGCGGUGCAGAAUCCGGGACCGGUUAUAUAAUGAGAGGUCGACGUAUUCCGAUCGCAUUGCCAAACACAGGUGCCCUGUCACGUAGACGCCAUACGCUUUACAUCCGAUCGGCCAUCAUCGUCUUCAUUUUGUUUGCAUUUCUGCAGUUCCACGUGAUAAACUAUGACUCCAACGAGUCCGGACCGGCGGAUACGGCCAACUACUCGACGGCAGCGAUCCUGCAGAUGGUGCCACCGGUUUUUCAUAAAUACCUGACAUCGAAGACCCGCAACGGAACGCAAGUUCAAAAUGGCACCCACACCGGACCGGGUGACAGCGCACAGCGGGCGGCCAACAUCAGCGAAAUCCUUCGCAUGAUAAAUCGCUACAACGAACUGCAGACGAUCCUGAACGAGGACAUCUUCGGUCCGCUACAAAAUGAUUCUGUGAUAAUAGUAGUGCAGGUACACAAAAGGAUAACCUAUUUACGCCAUUUAAUCGUUAGCCUGGCCCAGGCGAGGGACAUCUCCCGGACAUUGCUGGUCUUCUCGCACGACCACUUCGACGAUGAUAUCAACGAUCUGGUGCAGAGCAUAGACUUCUGCAAGGUUAUGCAGAUCUUCUACCCCUUCUCGAUACAGACUCAUCCGAAUGAGUUUCCCGGUGCGGAUCCCGGAGACUGUCCCAGGGACAUCAAGAAGGAACAAGCACUAUUACGGAAAUGUAACAACGCGUUACAUCCCGAUCUGUACGGCCACUAUCGGGAGGCCAAAUUCACUCAAACCAAACACCACUGGUGGUGGAAGGCGAACCGGGUGUUUGAUCAGCUAGAAACUACCAAAUAUCACACGGGUCUGGUGGUCUUCCUGGAGGAGGACCACUACGUUGCGGAGGACUUCCUCUACAUCUUGGAGCUGAUGCAGCUCAAGUCGAACGAGCUGUGUCCCAAAUGUAACAUCCUGUCGUUGGGGACGUAUCUCAAAACGUUCAACUACUAUACCUACAACAAAAAGCAACAAAAGCAACUACAGCAACAGCAACAACUGCAACAGCAAAUUCAGCGCCAACAGCAAGCCAAUAAUGGCGCCGGGGCUAACGGUGGACAAUCCACCACCGAAAAGUACGCAUCCCAGUCCCAGUGGGGCUACCAAGUGUUGCCAACGCUGUACUCGAUCUACCAGAAGGUGGAAGUAACUCCAUGGAUAAGCAGUAAGCACAACAUGGGGAUGGCAUUCAACCGGUCCACGUGGCACGAGAUAACGCGGUGUGCGCGGCAUUUCUGCGAGUAUGACGACUACAACUGGGACUGGUCGCUGCAGCACGUGUCGCAGCAGUGCCUGAAGCAGAAGCUGCACGUGAUGGUCGUCAAGGGCCCACGGGUCUUCCACAUCGGUGAAUGCGGUGUCCACCACAAGAAGAGCAACUGCGAAUCGAAUCAGGUGAUCUCGAAGGUGCAACAGGUGCUGCGGGUAGCCCGGCGCUCGCGGCAGCUCUAUCCAAAGUCCAUCUCGCUGACGGUGGCCAGCGUGAUCAAGAAGACCAAACUCCGCAAAGGCAAUGGCGGCUGGGGCGACCAGCGGGAUCACCAGCUGUGCUUCAACAUGACCCUGAUCGGACGGUAAUGCACAGAGCAGCGCCAGGUGCAGGAUCACUGAAAUCCUAUGAGUAGCUAGACUGAGACAUGGAAGACUCGCAAAAUGAUGACACAGACACACAAACAAACACGCAAACAAGCGUCACGUCCUAUUUUAGUUUCUAGAUUGUGUUAGAUGUAAACAUGUGACUAGAAAACCAAACAGAUGACUUAGCGAGAACCACAAAGAAAACGUGCACGAAUGAAAUGCAACAGAAAAGUGUAGAUAAUUGUAGGUAAGGUAAAACGGGAAAAUUUGUCAUGUUUUAAGUAAAAUGUGGAUGUAGGCCUAUUCACGACGUGUUCCAAGUCAAAUCUCAGAUAAUGUUGGUAGUAUGGACCCCGAGACGGAGUUGAAGUGUAACUUGUUGCAGCUGAAAGUGAUGACAUUUUGUAACGUUAAACCAAGAAGAAAAAUGAAAUCACAGGGAGCUUUAUUGAAACUUAUGUGAAAAUUCUAACUGGAUUACGUGUCCUACACUAACGCGGUCGAACAGCGUUUUUCGUCAGUAUUGUUGGAUAUAACUAUCUUCAUGCGUUUCAUAUUCACCACUGAAUAUUGUGAUGGCAGCGAUACUAUAAUCUCCCACUUCUUUAAGUUACAAAGCGGAACAAGGUUUUUUUGCAAUCACCUAAAUAGCGACACAUAAUUCGAUCCUUU